AUGGCUGAACUUCUUUCAUCCCCCAUGGCGCCUGACAACGUAGGCACGCCUCGAGUAGAUUUGCGUGCUUCUUUUCAGAUUUUCCAUGAAAUGGUGCUGCUGAAGAAGCUCCUUAAUAAGAAAAAAAGUACGUGGGGGCCUCCUUCGCAGUGGUCAAUGGCACAGUAUCAAGAGCUUGUUCAGGGCAUUUGUCUCGCUCAAGAGAAAUCAGGGAGCUCCGAGCCUAAUCCCGACAGCAUUUUGGCGGAAGCAUUCAAGUUGCGGUACCAGUUUGAGGAAAUUCCAGAGAAUCAACGAAAGCUUUCACGGGACGUAGAUCACGGAUCUGUCCGACCGAGCUGGGUCAGCAGCUAA